AUGCGGCACCCAACACUUUUAUUUGAACGAGGAUUUUAUUUACUUGGCUACCAAAUUGGAAGAAAUUUUCGUCAAAUUAUUUUUACUAUUAUUCUCGUAACUAUAAUAGCCAGCUUUGGACUUUUACGUUUUGAAGAAGUUAAUAAUGUUAGAACAGAGUAUUCGCCUUUAAAUGCUCCAAGCAAGAUUGAAUAUAAAAUAGCCAAAUAUUUUCUUAAACAGAAUGGAACAUUAGAUCCUUGCUAUAUUAUGAGCCGAGCAAGAGAUGGGGGUAACCUUUUAAGAACUGAACAUCGAUGGUUGCUUUAUAAUUUAACUCGAGCCCUUCAACAAGAGAUCCAUAUAGAGAAAAAUGGAAGAGUUUAUGGGUACCGAAAUAUUUGUGAACCUUAUUGUGAAUUGAAUACAGCCUUCUUAGCCUUUCUUAAAGUUUAUGACCCUGAACAACCUUUAACUUAUACUUAUCCAGCGGUAGAAUUGUUUGGAACUAGAGCUUUUAUUGGCAACAAUAUAUAUGGUGUCUCCCUCAAAAAUUUUACUGGAACUGAAUAUGUUAAAAACGAAAAAGCAGAAAUUCCAACGCAAGAAGAACAAGCAUUACUUUUAGCUUUACAAAGAAAAUCUGGAACAAAAAAAUCUCCACCAAUUAAACUUCUCGAAACAUUUAAUACAGCUAUAAUGCCUUUCUUUUUGGUUGCUAAUUAUGAAGAUAAAGAUUUGCUUGUUAAAUGGCAAAAUGGUAGUUGGAUUUUUCGGGAAAAAUUUUUUUUUAAUUUUUUAGCUGCAAUUGAUCUUUUUGAACAUCCCCCUUAUUCAAAUUUAUUAAAAACAGGAAUGACUAGUGAUUAUUUAGUUACACAAGAAGUUAGAAGAAUGGGUGCUGAAACUGCGCCUCUUUUAGCUACUUCUGUUGUUUUUAUGAUUAUUUUUGUUGUCUCAACAUCUUUUAGAGCUAAAAGAGAAGAAAAUCGUUUUAUUGAAUGUUUUAUUGGUUGCUUAGUUCCGCUUUUUGCUAUGUCGACAGCAAUAGGUUUAAUGGCAGCCACAGGUUACAAAUUUCAGUCAAUUAUUGUGGCUGCUUUAUUUUUGGUUCUUUCUGUUGGUGUUGAUGAUAUUUUUAUUUUGAUGCGUGCCUGGCACAGAACAAAUAAAAUAUUUAACAAAAAUAAUAAUUUUGAUAAUAUAAAUGGAAUAGCUAAAAGAAUGGCUUUGUGUUUGGAAGAUGCUGGUCCUUCAAUAACUAUAAGUUCACUUACAAACGUUAUUUCAUUUGCCAUUGGAGCGUUUUCUGAUACUCCAGCAGUUCGAACUUUUUGUAUUUUUUCGGCCUUGGCAAUUACAAUUUGUUGGCUAUAUCAAUUAGUUUUCCUUUCUUCAAUUAUUUGUUUUAAUGAAAAUAGAGAAUUAAUUAAUAAAAGAAGGAGAAGAAAGGAAGAAGAAAAUAAUAAUGACAAUAAUAAUUACUUUAUUAGUGGGCAAUCUAAUAAUUUUUAUUCAAUUGCUGCAUCUGUAACAAUCAAAAUUCAUAAUGAUGUUAUUAAAUUUUGGGCUUGGGCUGUAACACAAUGGGUAACAAGAAUACUUCUUGCAUUAUUUAUGUGCUGUUAUUUUUUCCUUUGCUGGUUUGGUAUUCGAAAACUUCAAUCAAAUAUUUCGAUAGACAAAAUGGCCUUACCAAACUCUUAUCUACACGAUUUUCAAAUGCAAUUUGAAAUGGCUUUGAGAAAUAUGCAGCCAAUUAGUGUUUUUGUUUUGCAUCCCGGGGAUAUGAGGGAUUUACAACAAUUAUCUAGAAUUAGACAACUUGUUUGGGAUUUUGAACAUGCAUUAAAUAGUUAUGGACAAGAAUCUACAUUCUUCUGGCUUCAACAAUAUGAAGACUUUCUUCGAUUUUAUAGCAAUGGAAAUGAUAAUUUUGACGAUCAUGAGAUUGAUCCAUCAGAUGAAUUUUCUUCUCCUCGUUUCACUUAUACAGAAAUUCCAGCAUUUUUUAAAUCUGCAGCAUAUUUUUAUUUAAGUUCUUUUGUUCAUUAUAAUGAAAGUGCUUGCCGUCUAAAUAGGCCCGAAUGUAUUAAUUCUUUCUUUUUUGUUACCAAUUUUCAUCGGGUUAUUAAAUAUCAUGAAUUAGUGCCCACGGUUAAUGAAUGGAGAAGAAUAGCUGCCCAUUAUUCUGAUAUGCAAGUUUAUGCUUAUAGUGAUCACACUCCUUUUGUUGAUCAGACAAUUUCAAUAGAUCAAACAGUUUUGGGAAGUGUAGCAGCUGCUUUAUUUUGUACUUGUAUUGUUUGCAUGUUAUUUAUACCUUAUUUUUUAAGUGUAAUUGCUGCGGUAUUUUCUGUGUUUUCUAUUAGUUGGGGCAUUUUUGGAAUAUUAUCAAUGUGGAAUAUAGAUUUGGAUCCGAUAUCUAUGGCCUCACUUUUAAUAAAUCCUCGAUUGAGAAUGCAACAAGCUUUAACAGUCAUUGGUUAUCCAAUGGUGCAGGUUGGUGUCUCUACAAUUGUUGCCCUUCUCCCUCUCCUUUUUAAGCAGUCAUAUUUGGCUAUGGUUUUUCUUAAGGUAAGUUUUGUGUAA